CAGCAUCCAACUCAGUACCUCCUACUUGUCAACACACGCCAUGUUUCAGUUUAUUUCGCCCUCGCCGCUCCCAUCUGAUGGUCCCAAAAUCAGUCGACAAGUUUCGGAGAUCGAGAGAUUUCGUGCUCGCCAUCGACGUCUUUGUCGUGGGCAGCAGACUGCAUUACCCGGAUCCCGGAUCGAGGCCCUUGAUGUGGACGAAGGUCGUACUCGCAAAAUUCCCGCUAAUUGGCGGAAGAAGCAACAGCAGGCGCAGGCCCGCAACAACUUGGACGAUGGCUACUGGCCCGAGUCGGCAGGCACGGAAAUGCACUUGGGCUACAACGCCUUUGACUCUAUAGCAUCACCCGAGGGCUUCUUCGAUGAGACAGAGGAGUCCAAGGUGGUUAAAGACACCGCCAUCGUACCAAAGCAGCAGGUCGACGAAGAGCUUCAGUCGGAACCGGUCGGCGAGGUGAAACCUGCGACUGUCGACGACAACGAUCAGCAAAAAAGGAAACAGUUCAUGGCAGACGUGGGGAAGAAAGUGGCAUCAAUGGGCUUUAAGAACCCCAGUAUGUGGGAGCAGAAACUCCCCAGCCGUCAAGUAUCUGGCGAACCUAUCCAGCGAGUAUCGACUUUUGGGGUAAAUGUGCUGUGGGGAGCUCCCGUGUACUAUAACCCGUAUAUAGGUCAGCGGCGUACGAUGUACUACCAACCGCUGUACUAUGCUUGAAAUGCUGUUUGCUUGCAUCGCAUUCCAUGUAUUAGAAUUUUGUACCACUACAUUUCAUUCUUAAAAAUCAAUCGUUAUCCAGACUAUACAGGCC